AUGGAAAAAAGGAACCUGUCUGAUACAACAAUGAAAAAAGUUGGACUUCUUGGAGUGCUGCUGUUACCCAUGGUAAAAUCGUCAUCAGGGUGUCAUCCUCAUGUUAGUCUUGUGAAAGAGGAAGAAAAGUGCAUGACAGACCUGCUACUUGUUAAGUCACACAAAGCAACAGAAAACAAUAUCAGUGUCCACUGUAAGGGAAUGUGGGAUGACCUGAACUGCUGGCCUCCUGCGUCUCUUGGCGAAACCGUCUCUCAGCCGUGUCCAGACUUCUUCAGUUCGGAUGGUAAAGUGCAUCGUAACUGCACCGCCAGUGGCUGGACAGACCCACUAAUCCCACAUGAAGAUGCAUGUGGCUACUCUUUCAAUGAGGCGUUCCACUUUCUUGGAGAGUCCUCAGAUUCCCAUCUGUAUUUCUCCUACGUAAAGACGAUGUACACGGCCGGAUACACGCUCUCUCUCAUCACCCUCACCAUCGCUGUCACCAUAUUCUGUCUGUUUAGAAAGCUGCACUGUACCAGGAACCACAUUCACAUCCAGCUGUUCGUCUCCUUCAUCCUGAGGGCCAUCUUCAUCUUCAUCAGAGACUCUCUGCUAUUUACUAAUGAAGAGUUCUACCACUGCGACUACUACCCGGUGGCGUGUAAGGUCGUGCUGAUGUUCUCCAACUACUCCAUCCUGGCAAACUACAGCUGGCUGCUGGCGGAGGGCCACUUCCUCUUCACCCUGGUGAGCCGCUCCUUCUUCUCCCUGAAGAAGCACCUCGCCUGGUACAUCGUCCUGAGCUGGGGUUUACCUGUGAUUGUUAUCGUCUCCUGGGGAUGUGCCAAAUAUUUUUAUGAAGACGAAGGCUGUUGGGAAACCAGGAGACAUGGAUGGAUUUGGUGGAUACUUCGAGUGCCAGUGCUUCUGACUAUAUUUAUGAACCUCAUCUUUUUCUUGGGCAUUUUGAGGAUACUGGUGAACAAACUCAGAAUGCCGGAUGCACAGAGGAACGAAUUCAGCCAGUAUAAGCGGCUGAUCAAAUCCACAUUUUUUCUGGUGGCUCUGUUUGGUCUGCAUUACAUCCUGUUUGUGUUCUUGCCCGUUGAAGUCAGCAGCUUGGUGUUUAAGAUAUGGACUUUUGCAGAGCUGGCUCUGUCAUCCACGCAGGGUUUUGUGGUCGCUGUGCUCUACUGCUUCAUGAACGGAGAGGUGCAGCAAGAGUUUCAGAGGAGGUGGAGGAGGUGGAGGCUGACUCAGCACCUCCCCAGUCGGCGCAGGCAGCAACACGGCUCUAUCAGCCACAGCGGGUCUCCCCACACACAGGUUUCCCUGCUGCCCUGCUCUCCAGGCAGCCCGACAACCAGCGGACUCCCCGUGGAUACUGUGGAGAUGUGAUUCAAGCUGGGAUUGGCUCAUUUUCCUCACUCUCACACGUCGAUACAUAAUGGAUCCUGGCUUUUGUGCUGGCAGCCAAUUAGUGCGCAACUGCAGCUUGAGUGUUUUAAUACUGUCAAAUGCAUAUUUUUCUAAUCUCUGGAGUGUUUUUAUUUAAUGACAUAAGAAUGUAAAAUGUACUAUGGAGGCCCAGUUGGCGAGCUGCCAGGCUUACUUGUUUGUAGUACUUAUAAUAAAGUCUCAAAAUUAA